AUGACGCCACCUGACCAGGAGGAACAACAGGAUCGGGCCCUCUACAGACAGAUAGGAGUAGCCUCAGGUUUGAAUUUGCAGGCCCUGGUCCUCAUGGGGGAUUCCAACCACCCCGAUAUCUGCUGGAGGGACAACACAGCAGGACAUGAGCAAUCCAGGAGGUUCCUUGAGUGGUUUGAUGAUAACUUCCUCCUCCAAGAGCUGGCCCUGAAGUCUUUGGGAAGUGAGGGUCUGUUUCUGUUUUCUUCUCUGGACACAAACAAUGAUCUGUACCUCAGUCCGGAAGAGUUCAAGCCAAUAGCUGAAAAGCUGACGGGGGUUGCUCCCAUCUCAGAAUUUGAAGAGGAGGAGACACCUGAUCCAAGCGGGGAGACGUUGUCCGUUGUGGCUAAAUUCCAGCCUUUGGUCAUGGAAACGAUGACGAAGAGCAAAGACGGUUUCUUGGGAAUUUCUCAUGUUGCUCUGUCUGGGCUGAGGAAUUGGACUGCCCCAGCAGCCCCUAUGAGCGUGAUGCUUGCCAGACAGUUUAAAGCCUUUCUUCCUCCAAAGAAUAAACUGGAUCUUGGGGAUCCAUGGUGGAUAAUUCCUAGUGAAUUGAACAUCUUCACUGGGUAUCUUUCCAACAACAGAUUUUACCCUCCGCCUCCCAAGGGCAAAGAGAUCAUAAUCCACAGGCUUUUGAGCAUGUUCCACCCACGCCCCUUUGUCAAAACCCGCUUUGCUCCCCAAGGAGCUGUGGCCUGCAUCCAAGCCGUCAGCACGUUCUACUACACGAUAGCGUUCAGGAUCCAUGCUGAAUUCCAGCUGAAUGAGCCACCAGACUUCCCUUUCUGGUUUUCCCCAGGCCAGUUUACAGGUCACAUCAUCCUCUCCAAGGAUUCUUCCCAUGUCCGAGAGUUUAAGCUCUUCGUCCCUAACAACAGGUCUCUGAAUGUUGAUAUGGAGUGGCUGUAUGGGGCGAGUGAAAGCAGCAACAUGGAAGUGGAUAUUGGUUACCUGCCUCAGAUGGAGCUGGAAUCGACAGGGCCUUCAAUCCCCUCUGUGAUCCAUGACGAGAAUGGAAAUGUGAUUGACAGCAGGGAUCCCUCAGGGGAGCCCAUUCAGUUUGUGUUUGAAGAGAUAACCUGGCAGCAGGAAAUCCCCUGGGAAGAGGCAGCCCAGAAGCUGGAAGUGGCCAUGUAUCCAUUUAAGAAGGUCUCCUAUCUUCCCUUCACACAAGCUUUUGAGAAAGCAAAAGCAGAAAAGAAGCUGGUGCACUCGAUCCUGCUGUGGGGUGCCCUGGAUGACCAGUCCUGCUGAGGUUCGGGGCGAACUCUCCGGGAGACCGUCCUGGAAAGUUCGCCCAUCCUCGCCCUGCUGAAUGAGAGCUUCAUUAGCAGCUGGUCAUUGGUGAAGGAGCUGGAAGAGCUGCAGAGCAACAGAGAGAAUGAGUUCUACAGCAAGCUGGCUGACCUGCACCUGGAGAAAUACAACUUCCCCGUGGAGAUGAUCAUCUGCCUCCCCAAUGGCACAGUGAUUCACCAUAUCAAUGCCAACUACUUCCUGGAUAUUACUUCUAUGAAGCCUGAAGAUGUUGAAAGCAGCAUCUUUAGUUUCUCAACCAAUUUUGAAGACCCUUCAACUGCAACUUACCUCCAGUUCCUGAAGGAAGGACUGCAAAGAGCAAAACCAUACCUGCAGACCUAAAAACAAAGGCACCUGAAUGCCCCACAGAGAUGGCCAAAGACUUCAGAGAUCUAUUUUGAUUACAGCAAUUCUUCCUCAUCUUCAUGCCAGACAUUGAUGUUAAGAUGCAGACAGUCCCAGGACCGGGGCUUUGCUCUGGAUGUUGGUUUGAGGCUAAGUUUCAAGUGAUACCAGUUUACAUAACCUGCCCUUUUGAGUUCAGGCAAAUUUUUACAGGAGUGAAAAUACUUGAAUCUAUAAACAUUCUCGGUGCAUACACCUUGAUUUGCCACCCACCCUCGUGUUUUUCCAGCUCCUGUUCAGACUCUGUGGUGAAACUCGCGUAACAGCUGUACCAAGCGUCACCCGGAAACCCCUGAUCUCAAGGACUGGACUGUGUGUUGAAUCACGGAGAACAGCAUUGCCAUUACGACCGAACACUCGUGGUGAGCGCCUGUGCCCUGUGGGCGAAGGCGCAGAAUCCAGCACAGGUGGGAAGUUCCCUCCUGGUAGCCGGUGUCCUCCACACCUCCUCGCCAGCAGCAGCUCUGAGCUGUAAGCUGCCUGGUGGCUUGGAUGCCAGCUCUUCACGAUGGCAUUUAUUGACAGCAGUGGCAACCAAUGCAUAAUGGGACUAUAGCUGGUAAUGUGUAGACAUGAACGUAGGAGGUUCGAACUGGAGGCUUGAGCUCUGGAAUGGCCUCCUCCCAGCACCCUGUGUGACGGGGUGGGAGAGCCAUCUCACUUAUUCAGGUUCUUUGCAUCUGAGGGAGGUGCUGAGGUUGACACAGUGAAAUUAAGGAACGGAGACCAGGGCAUUUAGAGGUAUGGUGCAGCUCAGAUGUCAGGGGUGAAUUAACUCGGGGGGGAUUAGGGGUCAGAGCCCCACGAGCUCUACCAGUGCAGUACGUGCA